GGGCCAUUAUGAAGCUAAGAUCAAGAACAAAGGCUGCUAAGCAAGAAGCUGCAAAGAAUACUUCCAAAGUUGAAGAGCCUGAGGUAUCUAAAACGCAUAAGAAGAAAGCUCCAACUGGAAAGAAAUCUAGGAAAAAUAAAGUUUCUUUAAGCCAAAAUCAGGCUAAAAAAGGACUCUUUGAUGACAUUCCUGUCAAAUUAUCUAAAAAUAGCUCAUACACAAAGAAGAAGGCUCCUUUACCAGAAAUUGAAGAGAUAAAGGAUCCACAGAGAAUGUGUAAACAUGAUACAGAUGCUGCUAAGCUUACUAAAUGGAGAGAUAUAACUAUUCUGGAACUAUCAGAAAUCCUCAAAGAAGAAAGAAAGCAUCAUAAAGAUGUAGAUGAGGAAGAGAUUUGUCCUAUCUGUCGAUGUGAGCUCUAUGAUGAUAUCUUCAAACUCAGUGAAAAGGAGAUCAAGGAAAUUCAUGAAAAACAGCUAAAGGAUCCUGAUUCAAUAAAUGUAGUCAAGUUCAAAAACUGUCCAAACCAUUUCUAUCACAAAGAAUGAACAGACUAUAUGGUUCAAUAUUCUGAUGAGAGCACUGGAGGUGGCCUCUUCAGCCAAUCAACAACAAUUAAGAAGGCUCAGUACCUAAAAUGUGCAGUUUGCUCGAUGAUUUAUGGAGAAUUUAUCGGAGAUUCCCCUCCUGGCAAAAUGUCGUGGGAGCUUUAUAACAAAGGACAAUAUCCUUGCGAAGGAUACGAAAAGACAGGCACAUAUGUUAUUAAUUACUCCUUCUGGGACGGUGUCAGGAAGGGUGUGAAUUAUAGAGGAACCCGCAGAAUUGCCUAUAUUCCAGACACUCCAGAAGGCAGAGAGGUUUUAUUUCUGCUUAUUAAAAGCUUUAAGAGAAAGGUCACAUUUACAGUGGGAGAUUCUGUGACCACCGGUAGAAGUAAUGUCGUUGUUUGGAACUCAAUCCAUCAUAAGACAAAUACUUGUGGAGGAACUAUGACCUAUGGGUAUCCUGACCCAACUUAUUUCAACAGAGUAAAGCUUGAAAUGGCUGAUAAAGGUAUCCUUCUAGAAGAAGGGGAGGAUCCAGAAACUGUCAGUAAGCGUGGAACGGUGCAAAUCUAG